GCCAAUUUGCCUGGGCAGGCGCCCACAGUCCCGCAGUGCUGCCCAAAACGCCAAAGCCACGGCCCUAUGGGCCACCGGACGCUUUUCGUAGGAUAGGGCCAGUCUCGCUCCCCCUGGGACGCCAAAAGCGCUGCCCCACGAGACAAGAUGGGCAGGGGCGCGGGCGCCAAGCGACGGGGCCACGACGGCUCCCAGACCGAGGGCGAGCGGCGCUACGAGAUGCUCGCGGAGUCGCGGAAUUUGAUGAGGCGCAUCGACGCGAAGCUGCAAGACGUCGUGAGUGGCCCGCCCUCGUUAAAAGGCUCGGACGUCUACGGCCAGCAGAUGGACACGUCGGCGGCUUUGAACAGGACCGAGGAUUCCCGGAGAGAGCUCGAGGCGCUGCUGAAGUCCGUCGCGGAGGCCGUGCGGCCGAAGGAUGACGAGGAUGUUUUGGAGGAGCCCAUUGACUUGGAAGUGACGGAGCAGCCCUUUGAGGACGGGAAGCGAGCCAUCGCGAAGGCUAGAGAGGAGCUCCUGGAGGCCGCUUCACGAGCAAAAGAAGACGUGGCGACGGGCAGCUCCUCGCAGCGCCUCAAGGAGACAUUAAUGGAGACGACGGAAUCCCUCAAGUCGAAGGAGCGGGCUCUGGCCGACGCGCGGAAACGAGCCAGCGAGCUCAAGAAUGAAGCUUCGUUGGAAAAGAGUUCGGCUGAUCAAGCUAGGAAGGCCUUUGCAACUGUCGAAGAGAAACGUUCUUUGAGAGAGGGCCAGUGGCUGGACGUUGUCGAGAAGUACGAAGACACGAUCGCUAGUCUCGAGGCUGAAAGGGCAGCACUGGACCAGAAGCUAAGAGUGCUGGAGCAGACGUCCCGCGAUAAGGAUCUCCAAGUGCAUCUCGAGGGCGAAGGGGGCUUUGGCGCCGAGGAUUCGAAAUACGCCGCAUUGCAAGCGGAGAUCGACCGGCUGCACGACGAGAUCGAUCGACUCAUGAACGAGCCCGGGUCCGGCGCGGAGCUCAUGAAGCGCAAGUUCCUCGAGGAGCAGCGGCGGCGCGAGGAGCUCGAGGCCAGGCUGCGCGAGUUGGAAGCGCAGAGUCGUUCAAUGAAGGACCAGCUCGCGGCGGAGGCACGGCGCGCCGACGAGCUGAGCGCAAAGCUCAUGUUCGCCUCGGCACCGACGGAAGACCCUGCGUUGCAGGCGCGCCUCCGCGACCUCGAGGCCCAGCUGGCGGCUAUUCCACAACCGGAGCCGCCUCCACAAAAGGUCGAGACUAUGGAGCGGGGCUCCCUGGCCACGGACCACGAGCUGGAGAUCUGCGUCUUGCGCAAGGAGAACGCGGAUUUAAAGCUGUCGCUCGAGAAGGCGCAGCAGACCCUCGCGAAGGCCCAGAAGGUCCUGAAGCAGGCGCCCGACGCCGCGGCGGCGGCGGCCAGGGACGAGGAACUCGAGCGUCUGCGGGAAGCGCUGGCGCAGGCGAAGAGAGCCGCCGAGGAGACCGCCGCCGCGACUCCAGUCGAGGCCCCCACAACCGGCGCCACCACACCAGUCGACGACGACCGCGAGGCGCAGCUCGACGAACUAAGGAAGCUACUCGAGAAAUCGUCGGACGAGAACAAACAACUCAAGCAGCAAUACUCAGAAGAGCUAGAAUUAGAACGCAAGCGCGCCAAGGCGCGGGAGACGGCCGCGAUGCGCGCGCAUCAAAAACUAAUCGCGGAGCUCGAGCACCGCGCCAAGCUCGCCGAGAAGGAGUCCAGCAACGCGACGGCUUUGUCUGAGGCUCUACGCGGGGAAGUGUCGCAUUUAUCGACACGGUUGACGAAAGGUACUGAUCUCCUAGAGAACGUCCUCGAGGACGACGAUUUCGAGCGACGGCCCAUCGAGGUCUUCCUGGACGAGGCCGACCGGUUGCGGAAGGCGAAGACGUCUCAGAGGUUGGAGAAGGCGGAGCGGUCUCUCCAAAGGGCGACGAUGCGCAAGACUAAUCUAGCUGCUGUUUUUGCAUCUAGAUUAGCUAAAAAAGCUCGCGUGUCGUUUGAUGAUGCCGCUGCUGGCUUAGAAGAGGAGGAUCCCGAAGUCGCUAAGAGACGGCGGAUUCGCGAGGCUAUAUUGUUGUUUGCCGUUCGAUUGAAAAGGAUGCAGGAUCUCGCCGAGGAGACUGGGGAGAAGAUGGCGGACAUCAUGGACUGCGGCGCGCCGCCUGUUAAGGAGGAGCCGGAGGUCGUACCCAAGGAGCCUGUUGUCGAGCCGCCGCCCGAGGAGGCGCGGCCGACGACGCCCGCUUCCACUGGUAGCAAGGCCCCGCCGAACACGCCCUUCCCGGCCGUCGAAAGUAGCGAUCCGGAGCUGCGAGAGCGGCUCGGCGACCUCGAGGAGCAGCUGCGCGGCGCGGCGGCGGCGCGCGAGGAUCUCGAGCGGGAGCUGGCGGAGGCGCGCAGCGCGAAGGAUUCAUUAACAGCGGACUACGAGGCGCGGCUCGCGGAGGCGCAAAGCAUGUAUGAUGCGCUCGUCGCGGACCACGAGGCGGCGGCGCGCGGCGCGGCGGACCGCGCCGACGCCGACCUCGCGUGCGUCCGGGCGAAGGACCACUUUCUACAAUCGUGCGAGGACGCGGCGGCGGCGGCCGCGGCGGCGGCGCACGAGCGCGACGCCGCGCUCGCGGAAGCGCGCACCGCGGCGGCGCGCGCCGAGGAGCGCGCGCGCGCGGCGCUGGGGAACGUCGAGGGCGCGGCGGGCGCGCGCCUCGCCGAGCUCGAGGACCUCGUCGCGUCCUAUGAUUUGAGGUUCGGGGCGGAGGCGGCCGUCGUGCGCGCCAAGGACGGCGAGCUGGCGCGGCUGGCUCCAUUAUUAUCUCGGGCGGCCGCCGAGGCCGUCGUCGUGGACGCCAAGGACGCGGAACUAAAACGUGCUGGUGCUGCGCUGGCCGAAGCGCGGAGCGACGCGGACAAAGCGGCUGAAGAGCUCGGGAAAGCGCGCGACGCCGCCGCUCGGAGCGAAGACGCGACGGAACCCGAGGCGGCCGCGCCCGACACCAGGGACGAGGAACUCGCGCGGCUGCGGGCGGAGCUCGCCGACGCGCGCGGGCGGGAAGCUACCGAAACCACUGCCGCCGAGGCGACGGACUCCGCCGAGGAGCCGCCGGUGCCUCCAUUGGUAAGCCGCGCGCCGCGCGACCUCAGGGGGGACCUCGUCGCGUCGGUCCGGUCGCUGGGCUCGCCGCGGCGCGACCCCGCGGCGGAGGCCGCGGCGAUCGCCGCGGCCGUGCGCGUCGCGCGCGCGGCGAGCCGGCGCAUCAAGUCGCACGGCGACGAGCCCGACGACGCGCCGGCGCCCGUGGCGGCGCCCGCCGCCGAUGGCACGGACGGCGAGCCGUCGGCGCUACGUCUCGCCGUCGCCGCCAGGGCCGAGGCGAGCCGCAUCAGGGCCGACGCCGAGGCCGAGGCGGCGCGCAUCGUCGACGCCGCGACCGCCGAGGCGGCGCGCAUCACCGGAGACGCGGCGGCUCUGAUGAGACGCGAGGCCGUCGAGGCGCGGGACGGCCCGUCCGAGGAGUUGACCGACGCCGCGGCUGAGGCCAAGCGUUUACUUUCCGAGGCCGAGGCCGAGGCGACACGCGUCAAGACCGAGGCCGCGGAGGCCGCCGCGCGCAUCCGGGCCGAGGCCGCCGCCACUGGCGGCGGCGACCCCGCCGCCGUCGAGGCCGCCGUCGCCGAAGCUUUAGCGGCCGCCGUGCCCGAGGCGGUGCGGACGGCGCUCGCGGCGAACGACGCCGCGCACCGCGAGGAGGCCGAGGCCCUGGCGCGGCGCGUCCAGGCGAAGCUCGAAGCAUUAAAGAAGCUGACGCGGGCCCUCGCGAAGCUACGGAUGCAGGUUUCUCAGGAAGCGGCGCCGGAGGAGACAACUUCCAUAAAAUGUUCCGCGGACGCGAAGACGGCGCUGUUCCGGUCGUCGGACGCCUGGGCCGCGGCCAUGGAGGCCAUCGAGCCCUCGAUUGCUGCUUUACUAGAUUCCUUAGCCGCGGCGGCGCGGGAGAACGACGAAGACCGAGUAUCUUCCUUAAAAGCGGCCCUCGCCGAGCAGGACGUGGCGGAGCUAGGGAGAGCCCUCGCGAGGUUGCGCGACGGUCGCUGGGCGCAGGCGCCGGGCAACCCUGACGGUACGCAGUGGGACGUGGAAUUCCGGGAUACGUUCAGCGAUGCCAAAGAAGGCAGAAAGGACGAGCGCAUGGUCUGGCGGCCGCGCAUCCCUGCUGUUAAGAACGACGGCCCGCGCGAGGUGGCCCUUGUAGAAGCUCUUGCUAAACAGCCGCUCGGGGAACUAGCCGCGGCGGCGAGCGUCGAGUACAAGAAGCUCGUGGCGCAGUGCGCGUCGGCGGAAACGUCGCGAAGAGAUAAGAUCGACGUCGCCGACGAUUUGAGGUUGGGUUGCCGGAGCUACCACGCGUUGCGGGACGCCGUCGACGCGGUCGGUGGGUGGGCUGCAGCAAUAUUAACUGAAGACGGCACGCCCGACGACGCAAUCGAAUUGGACACGUGGCCCUGUGAUGAUCGGGCGAGGAUGCAGCAUGUAUUGUUAGAGCAUUUACGGGGCGAGACGAGUCGUCUCGAGGAGAAGGCCCGGGAAACAUCUAGGAAGCUACGGGAAGCUAGGGGCGCGUCGCACGCCCAGGCCGACGAAUUGGUCUCCAAUAAACUAAGGAAGGCCCUGGCGCGGGAGGCCGACCGCAUCUCCCAAGCGGCGGUGGCCGCGGAGAGAGCUAGAGUGGCUUCGGAGUUUGGGGUUCAUACACUGCCAGAAAUCGUGGACAGCUGCGCGUCGCCCAUCAUGUGGGAUUCGUACGACGAGGCGACGCAGUCGUCUCCUGUCGGAUUCGCGUCGCCCUCUUUUGAUGCGGCGUGCCAAUCAGUGGUGUAUCAGAGCGAAGAGGGGUCGCAGUGCGAGUCGCCGUCCAGGAGGGAGCUCGUGUAUACUGCGACCAAACAAGCUAUUGCGCUCAAUAGUAAGACGGUAGCCGAGCUGGAAGCCGAGCGCUUAAGGCACGGCGCGAAGAUUCUCGACCACGAAGCCGCGGUCGCGGCCCUCGAAGCGACCGUUGCCCUCAUGAACUCGCAGAAUGAAGACUUGGCGUCGCAGUUGGCCAUGUCGCGGGACGAGGCCUCGAAACACUUGGAGGUACAGGUUCAACUCCAAAGACGCCUGCAGAAGCUGCUCGCGCAGGCGUCGGAGCUGAACGCGGAGCGUGCUGGAUUAGUAUUUGAUAAAGCGAGGGAGUCUGCUGCUUUAGAUAAUGUGGAACGUAGAUUAGCGGAUCUCCAGGAGGGCUCUGAGGACGAUAGUGACGAGGACGAGGAGCCGUCGCGGCCGGCGUCGGCGCUACCGUCGCGCGCCACGACGGCGGCCAUCGAUUCGCGCCCGUCGACGGGAGCUCUCAGCGAUCUGCAGGGCAGGGACCCGUCCUUCGACCGCCAUGUUAGGAGAGCUCUCCGGUACCAGCGCCGCACGCUCGGCCAGCGCUUAAAGACGAUCUUGCGACGCAUUAAUCAAGUCGACGCCGAGAAAGAUUUACUAACUGAAAAGAUCGUGGCGACGCAGUGGGUCCACCGCCAGCCCCAAGUUGUGGUCUCUGGCAAGCCGUACGCUCAUAUUGCCCAGUACGCGCGGGCUCAUCAAAGGUCUCAAAGCGCCCGGACGUGGAAGCAAGGGAGCACGUUGGGUGGCGUGUUACCUCCAUCAUUGCGAGGGCCGGUGCUGGACCUGUUGCCGCCCAUCGCGCUGCCGAAUGGCUCGGGCUCACCAAAAGAUUUCCGGCCGGGUCGAGUGCUCAAGGUGCCCAUGGAACAUAUAGGAAUGGACCCGCUGGGGUCGCCGGGCAAGGCUUUGUCCAUCCGGAAGCCGCCCUUGUUUUCCGACGGCUCGAUGCGUCAUAGAAGGGGGUCGCGGUGCUCGACGCCCGAGAAAGCGGAUGUAUUAGCGUACUGUCAUGCUAAUGACGAGAACUGUACUCGGGAUAACCGCGACGCGCGGAUCGUGGACCAGCGCAUCGCGGACCAGACGCCGUUGCGGACGCCCGAAGGAUUUUCUGUCGCGCGGUCGCCCGAAGCGUCAUCGCCAAACAAGCACAACUUCGCCUGGUCGCCAGAUCGGCGCGUCGUGGCCCGUAAGUUUGAACGGGAGGACACGCCGCCGGAUAUGGCCGCGACGGUGCAAGCGGGCGACGCCGAGGUGAUCGUCGGCCGCGUCACCAAUCAAAAUGAAGUCUUGGCGGAAGAUCUGGCCGAGAAGGCGGAAGAGUGCACUUCUUUCAUGGGUUCUCCGGUUCUGGCCACCGUGGGGCCGCCGACGUGGAAGCCCCCGGAGCCCGAUCCCGACGCGCCGCCGGGCGCGACCAUCUACGUGCCCUACGCGCCGGCCUUCGGCGGGCGCAGUGCCAAACGCGCGAACGGCGGGCGCGCGCUGCGGCCGAACCGAGGGAUGUUGACCGUCGCGGACGCGGGGAAGCGCCUCGAGGAAUCGUUAUCUUCCGCCCAGGACGCGCUCGAGAGACGGAAACGCGUCGUCCAUACUACUGUGCCCCGUGCUUCGGGGGCGUAA